UCAACGCCUCCUCACGGCAAUCAAUCGCUCACUCACGCCGCGAGAGACGCGAGGGAGGCUCCUCCUCCACUCCGAUGGCGUCGGAGGCCAGGUCCGGGGGCGCGCGGCGGGUUCCGCUGCGGCCGAGGGACGGCAACGCGGCCUCCCCGUCCUUGGGCGGCGGCGCCCUUGCAAAGUCGAAGGCGAAGGCGCGGCCGGCUGCCGCGUCGCCGCCGUCGGUGAGGUCGUAUGCGAGCCGGGAUGCGGCGGCGGUGGUGAGGGAGAAGGAGGUGUCGCUGGCGGAAGAGCUGGAGAAGGCGCGGGAGCGGCGGGGCCGGCUGCGGGCCGCGCGGCAGGUCACGGAGCGGGCGCUGGCGGAGGCGGACGAGGCGCUGCGGCGGGAGAUGCGGGAGUGGGAGCGCCGGGCCGACGAGCAGCGCCGGGUCGUUGCCGAGCUGAUGCGCCUCAUCGGGAUGCCCGAGGUCUAUGUUCCGGUGGAAUCGCUGAGAUCCAGGGAGGAGAGGAAGAGGAAACAGGGGGCUGCGUCUUCAGAUUCUCAGGGUCCGGUCACGGUGGCUUCAACACUACUAGAGGAAGAAGCCGGGGCAGAUCCCUCCGAUCAGGAACUGCUGGCGACGCAGACAAGAGAAACGAGUGCAGCAGCAGCCACGGAAAGCAGCAGCGCUUGAUCAUCCCUUUCUUUGCCACAUUGGCCCGUUCCAAACUGUUUCUGCACAAGGCCUCCGAAUGAAAUCAAAUGGCUUGUUUGGUA